AUGCACUCGACCUCGGGUCACGCACUCGACCUCGGGUCAUGCGCUCGACCUCGGGUCACGCGCUCGACCUCGGGUCAUGCGCUCGACCUCGGGUCACGCGCUCGACCUCGGGUCACGCGCUCGACCUCGGGUCAUGCGCUCGACCUCGGGUCACGCGCUCGACCUCGGGUCAUGCACUCGACCUCGGGUCAUGCGCUCGACCUCGGGUCAUGCACUCGACCUCGGGUCAUGCACUCGACCUCGGGUCAUGCACUCGACCUCGGGUCAUGCGCUCGACCUCGGGUCACGCGCUCGACCUCGGGUCAUGCACUCGACCUCGGGUCAUGCGCUCGACCUCGGGUCACGCGCUUGACCUCGGGUCAUGCACUCAAUAUUUAUGAAGAUAUGUAA